AUGGAACUUUCUCCAGAGAUCUGUGGCUGGGUCAACAGUCAGACAGCCGAACAGCUGUUUUCAGGGAUGAGGCGAAAUAAUAAUUUUCUCAACAUGAUGACGCCAUCCUCUCAUGUGUUCCUAAUGCGGAACAUUCUACACCACUACAACUGCUUCAAAAAUGCUGCUGUUAUGGACAACUUGAAGAAGUCACUUGGCCAGGAAGUAACACUAAAUUCUUAUGGUCAAGCAGUGUUAGGUAUGCAUGCCAUGUGGGCCUCACUGUGCGGUUCUCAUGACUGUUGCAUCGAUAUAGGCAAAGCGAUCAUGCUGCUAAGUUAUGUCCUGGACACAGAUAAACCGCCUAAUGAAAUCCUAGUGCGCUGCAGCAACAGCUGUCUUACUCGUUCUGACUUCCAGACACUAGGUCUGCAGCAGCAGAUGGAUUCAACUAUUGGGAAUGCCUGUUUUAGGAUGAUACAGAAAAUUGCUGUUUCCAAGGUGCCGUAUGAUCUGUUGAAAUUUUUGUUUAAGUUUGCCAUGAAAUUAAGGUUGUGUCUCAAUCAGGGCAAGAAUAUCCACAUUGUCGAUCUGUACGUCUGCCCAACUUGGCUGCCCCCAAUUAACAAUGACCCUAUGGAAAGUAUACCUAGCCAAGCCCAUCAGCUGGAUGCAAUUGUAAUCCCUCUGUGGACGCCUGGUCACUAUCAGAUCUGUGGCUUCCCUAGACAACUCUUUGGCUUGGACUGUGGCAUCUUCAUGAUAAUG